AUGGUGGAAAUUCGUGCGGCCAUCCAGAUAAAGUACGAGUCGGAGAGGCCAAUCCUCAUCCCCAAGGAUCUGGUGAAGCUGUCCAAGGACAAGCAGUGGCUCCAACUUCGGCCCACUUCCCAACCCAUAAUUGAGUUGCUCACAGGCCAGAGACCCGACAAGAAUGCCAGUCUGUCGGGUUCUACGGCCAUGGCCAAUCUCAUCAAGAAGAGGAACCAGAGCUUCGACCAACCAGCAACACCAGCAGAGCAACUUUUCGAUGCUCCAGAGCCAGGCUCAGGAAAGAAGUCGACCAGAAAGAGGUCUCUUCCAGACAACCAAGAAGAAGAAGUUGCCAUGGACAUCAAUGGUUCCAAAGUCACCUGCUUGAUGAGUGGCAAGAGGCCAAGGAGGUGCGAUCUCACCAUCCAACUCGAACAGCACCAGAUCGAGACCAUCAUCAAGACCAUUCGCAAUGAUGAGGAUACGGCCACAGCCGCACAGAAGCCAGAAGCCAUGGCUGUCCCUCCAGCUGUGGUCCAAGAGGUGGAGGCCAUUGUGAAUGGCCGCGAGCCAGUGAACACCAGAGUCACCAAGGUCUUGCAGGUGCUGGAGCACCAUGGCCUCUGCCAGCAGCAGACCUUGGUUCCAAGCCAAGUUCUUUGCCACCCCUCCAACCGGGGAGGGCAGAUGGUGUCCCACUUUGACGUUUGGGCCAAGGGACACCAACUCUUGGCAGUUGGCCUGCAAGUGCAUCUGCUCCAAGGGUCCAUUUGUCUCCAGAUGUCCACGGACCCCCAAAAGCGCCAGCAGCAGGUUUGGAGGAACCAGCAGCUGGUCCAGGAGAGCAAGGGCUCCCUGGCCCCAGUCAGUGGAGCAGAGGGAUACCUAUCCCUUGCCAGCAGCCACACCACGGCAUUCUUGAGAUGCCUGGAGCAUGGGACCACGGAUCCCAGUGGCAAAGCCAUCUCCGUGCCCAAGACAGACCCAGUCUGGUCCGCCAUCCAGACCGGGUGGCGGUGGCAUGUGGUGGCCUCCAGUGUGGAAGAGGCCAUGCCAAGCCUUCCACAGUUCUUCCAAGUCGGAGCCAACUCUGGCAAUGCCAUUGGCAGAGCCACCAGCGAGUUGGAAGCAGCCUGCCAAAUAGCCAUUCAAGUGCAAAUGGGAGCCAGUCUGGAGUCGGCAAUCCAGUCCGUUGCCAGCGGCGAAGUUGCCUGCAGGCAGAGCCUCCCAGCCAUAGGGCAUUAUGUCUCGAGAUACUCUGGAGGCACAAGCUUUCCAUUGCUGAAAUUCCUUUCCCACUUCUCCUCCACCUACGGCACCACGUGCAUGAUGGGCCAGGAUUUCAUGGAGGCGUUGUCGCACACCACCUUCCCAGACCCUGGCAACCUUUACCCAUUGCUCCGCACAGCUCUAUGGGCAACCCAGUGCACAUCCACCAAACAGCAAGACGGCUUCGCACAACUCCUCACCAGAGCCGACGUCCAGAGACUGUCGUCGCCACAGAACAUGGAGUCCGUCAGGACGGCGGAGUCCAUGCUUUCGGAUUCCUGGAAACUGGUCCAGAGCCAGCUUCCAGAAGGCACCAGCACCAAUGCCGGCAGCAACCAUCUCUACAAGUGUUUCGGCAAGUUUUGCGUCAGAGCCAUCUUGUUUCUGACCAAAAAGGAAAAGCUUGGCCCUGAUGCCCAGCAGAAGCUGGAGUCCCUGGCCCAGAUUCUCGACCUUUUCACCCAGGACGUUUCCAAGGUCAAGCAGGCCACCCCAGCUGCAGAGGCAAAGACCAUCAAGGAUGCAGUCUCUGCCCAGCCAUGGGAAGCCACCUUGCUCCAGAACACCCACAUCAAGGUGGGCGACCAGUACACCUUGCCAAAGGAGCACGGAGCCAAGGUCUACCAGCUCCUGCAAAUCACCAACGAGCGUGGGACCAUGGAGCACAGGCCAGUGCUCCAGGCACCGGAGACAGUCCAUGUGCCGCUGGCGGGGCUGGGGAAGUGGCGGGAGGACUUCCAAAAGGCAGCUGUGGUCACGGCACUCCACCAAUGCUACCAGGAGCAGUCGGUCGAGGACUUGGAACUCCUUUGCAUGGCUUCCAGUCCCCAGGCACUGUAUGCCAAGAAAGCCAUUGCCAGCAAAAAGCUCAAGCUGGUUCCAUUGGGUUCCAUCAGCAAAGUGAAGACAGGCCAGAAGCCGCCCAAGCUGGCCAUUCAGGCCUUCGGCCAUGACUGGGCCAUUGGAAGCUGGAAGCAGGACCUCCAGUUCCAGGCAGAGGGCACCAUCGUGCCAUUUUUUUUUUUUUUUUCAGCAGAGGGCGAGGAUGAGGGCAACAUGGUCUUGACUACGAUCAAGCAGGGGCCAUGCACCGUGCCCAUCCUCCAUAACCCUGCGAAGAUCCAAGCCAAUGAGCAAAUCUUGCAGAAGGUCGAGGAGGAAGCAGCCACGGACCAGGCUGUUGCGGCAAAAAGAAGCACCUUCUUGGAUCCAGGUGACUUGAGCAAGCCUCCUGUGGCUGUCCCAGCACCCCACUUCUUCCCAAGAGCUUCCUCCGCCUGCACCAUGCCCAAAGCCAUGGUCUUCAAGAAGCCUGCUGCCCCCAUGAAAGCCAUGAAGGUGGUCCACAAGGCAGCUGCCCAGAGCAGGAAGGCGAAGGCCAAGAAGAAGCCAGCACCUGUGUGCAAGGCGAAAGCCCAGAAGAAGCCAGCAGCCAACUCCAAGACGACCGAGAAGCCAGAUCUUCCGCCUCUAGAACCCUGGGAGUACGGUGGUGGGUGGGAGGAGUGGGAGAUGAUGUCGGCGGACCCCAACUACGAGCCAUGGGGGGGCCAAUGUGCUCUGCCCAAGGAUUUCCAUAGAAGGUACCGCACCAGUUGA